GAAAUGGUUGCUUCAAUCGUCGUUCUUGUGGUUUUGGCAUUCCCCUGUGUUCAAACUCAGCCAGCAAUCGGUUCUGAACUUAAUUGCACCGUCUAUUCAACAACUGUUGAUCCCGUCGAUUUUGUCUACACUCCCGGAGCAACAAACUGUGUCAACGCCUAUGCUGACUCUACAUGUGCAUCUCUCUACGCUAUCACCACAGAUGAGCCAGCACCAGUGCCAGGAACAAGCACACCUCGCCCAUUGAAAUGCUUCACCGCCGGAGAAGAUGCUAUCGGUGCAGUAGAUCCAGAUCUUGUAAGAGCUGCAGUUAGUACAUGCCCAAAGACUUGUGGAUUCUGUUGCCAAAGCGCAGACUACAAUUGUCCUAAUGUUCAGUUCCCACGUCUCAAUUGUGCCACCAUCCUUCCAUCCCAAUGCACAAAUCAAGAAUGGCGUGUCAUCAUUGCCCAAGAUUGUCCUUCAGCGUGCGGAUUCUGUAAUCAGGGAGGAUGUGUUGAUGCAGUAAUGGGAUGUGCAAAUGACAUCUCCAUUUGUAACGCCGUCGGAAUGCAAACCUUUGUCAACACGAACUGCCAAAGAACUUGCAACAGAUGCUCCUCAACCACAGUUACCGGAGGUUGUACCUACAAUCGUGACUCAAGCACCGCUUGUGCUGCUUGGGCUGUCAAUGGAUUCUGCCAGAACGACUUCUACACUCCUGCCCAAAGGAAACAGUAUUGCGCCACUACCUGCAGACUCUGCUAAUCGCUGGGAGUUUGACAAGACAUAGCCACAUAGACGAUCAUAUUGACGACCGAUAGUAGAUAGUGUUUUUUAAAAGAAAAUUGUGUUAAUCAUUUCAUGACUGACCACCUUGGAAUAAACUCAUUUU